AUGCGCGCCUCCUCCUUUGUGGAAUCCCUCCUCGUAUGGACGCGAUCGAUUGAGUGCGAGGCGCUCGUGGACAAGCUUCCGGUGGUGUCUCAUCCGGGCUACGGGGACGUAGAGAACUGGGAUCCCAAGCAUCGGUUCGUCAUGUCCAAGUUCGGCGGCAUGAGGAACGUGAUUGAGAGCACAAUGCACUUGAGGGAGGAGGUGGAGGUGGUCGAGGACUUUGCGCCAGUGAGCGCGUCGACGCUGUGCCUGGUCCAUGACAGGAAGUUCGUUGAGGACUUUUGCGAGGGUAAGAUGGAUCCCAGGGCGAUGAGACGCAUCGGCUUGCCAUGGUCACCAUCGCUGGUAAGGAGGACCUUGCUGGAAGUUCAGGGAACUACCAUAGCAGCGAGACUUGCGCUCGAGAGGAGGCUAGCGUGCAACGCUGCAGGGGGGACUCAUCACUCGUUCGCUGACUAUGGGAGCGGUUUCACCAUCUUCAACGACCUGGCGGUGACAGCAGCAUGGCUGCGGGACGAGAGGUUGGCGAAGCGGGUGCUUAUCCUUGACCUCGACGUGCAUCAGGGGGACGGGACGGCAGCGAUCCAUGCGGGCAAUCCGGAUGUAAUGACAGUCUCCGUGCACUGCGAGUCAAACUUUCCCUUCCGCAAGCAGCAGUCUGACCUCGACGUUGCCUUGGAGGACGAGGUCGGGGACAGAGACUACCUGCUGCGGCUGAGCCAGUUCCUGCCCUCCCUGCUCGCUGAUUUCAAGCCCGACAUCGUGCUGUAUGAUGCAGGAGUGGAUGUGCAUGCAGAUGACGAGCUGGGAAAGCUUCACAUCUCUGACCAGGGGCUCUUCGACCGGGACGUCUAUGUGCUGCGAACCUGCCUGGCCAUGAAGAUCCCCGUGGCGACUGUGAUCGGAGGAGGUUACGACAGGGACCACCUCGUGCUUGCAAAGAGACACGCGAUCAUCGUGCAAGCGGCUGUAGCGUGCAGGCAGUGGACAAGAACUCGACUUCUCAAGUCCAACAAAGUCACCAACUGA